AUGGACGCGGAUGCCCCCGUGGCAGCGCAGAUAUCGCAAGCGGACAUCAUCGAGCGCCAAGCGGAGUCCAUUGCACGGCUCAAGCGGCAAGUGAAGAAGGCCGUCGAGUACAAGCAGCUGACCAAGUCCAAACUGAAAGAGGCAGCGGCCAGGCUGAAGGAGUAUCGUGUGCAUGUUGAAACGUUGCGCGAAGAGGGCGAAACGCUGAAAAAACGGCUAAAUGACGAAAAAAGCAGUCAUGAAAACAGCAAAAGGUUGCACCAAAACGCGUUGAAACAGGCAGUAAAAGCGGUAAAACAAAAAGUGCAUGCAGCGACGCAGACACAAGAGCUGGAAUACGUGACGCAGGCGAGUCAGACACGAUUGAGUGGACACGUGGACCAGAUUUGCAAGAGCAGUACAGUGGACAGUGAAGUUCAGACGGACGCCGUGCCGGUCGAUACGUUAACGUCUAGAAAACGCACUCGGGGACACGCCGUUUUUGGCGCAGUACACGAUGAAGUGGAUCAAUUGGUGCCAAGACUUUCGAGACCUUUUCCAGAAAAGGCACAUCACGAUGUCUCUACAACUGAGCCAAUGCUCGUGCUGACGGCUGUGAAUGGUGCAGCAAAUUUGACGGAAACAAGUGCAGCACUCGAUGCUGAAUUGGCGCUUAGUGACUCGGAGGACGAUAGCGAUGAGGCUUUAGCUUUGGAGAUUGACAACCGACAAGAGGAUGCAGCAGCACAAGACUCGGUGUUGGAUUUAUCAGUACUAGACGAGAUUGACAUGGCGCUGGAGAUGAUAACUGACGAAGACAGGGAAGGGUGUGGAGCAACUUUGGAGGAGAAACGUAGUACAAAGCCGCUGCUAGGAAGCGUCGAUCCGGCAAUGUUGCAUGAAAUUGACAAGGAGUUGGGAUCGAGUAGCGAUGACGACGACAAAGGGUGCGUGAUAGAUCCAGUGACAACUGGCGGGUUGGCAGAAAAUGCAAAUAGCACGCUAAACAGUGGGGUAGCAUGUCUUGCUACUGAAGAGCAAGCACAUGUGUCUGCAGACGUUGAUGCUUUGAUCGCCGACGCUAUUGAUAAGGAAUUAGCAACAAGCAGCGAUGAAGAAGACAGUGUGGAAGAAGAUAGCCUCUUGGCAAGAUCUGAUUUGAGUGCUAAACCUGUCGAGCGACCCGAUGUAAUCUCAAGCAACGUUCACCAGAACAAAGAAACGCUAAGGUCUAUCGACGAGGAAUUGGAUGAUGAGUUUGCAGCUUUGGACGCGGACUCGGAUAAGGAUAGCCACGAACAGUCCAAAGGUUCUUCUUCUUCUAGUGGUUCAAGCAGCAAUGGCGACUCGAGCGGCAGCAGUAGCAGUGAAUCUGGUGACGAUGGAGGUGACCCCAUAACUAGCACUAGGCACAACGCUGCUGAAUGUGAAUUUCCUGAUCCAGUGGAAAAGAAAGAGGUGGAAACGAAAGUGCAGCGAGUAAAAUAUGACGGCAAGUUAGAGGCACAUUUAUCUCUUCCUGUCGAUAAAGGUGCAGUGGAUUUAGCAAGACCGGUGGGAACAAAAGGUGCUAGCACAUCGGAGGACGUGAAUUCGACGAUGAUUGAAAUGGAAUUGCCGGCAAGAGCCCUUGAUCCUUUGCAGCUGGGCAGUAGUGUGGAACUCAGUGAAGUCGAGAUAAAACCUGGCAGUUCUGAGGCUUAUCAACCAGGCCUUGAGCAGAAAAAUGACAAUGACUCCAUUCCGUCAAGUGGGGCUAUCACCGACGGCGGGGAUGCUAACGCUGCAGUCGCUGACACUCAGGUUUCUAAAGGUCAGAAUGUGUUGAAGCGACCUACGCCUUUGGCGCCCAACACCAGUGCAGAUGAAAUGACAGAACUCGAGGCAGGUUCCAUUUCGAUCUCCGAGCCAAUAUCAGACCUCGUCUCGGUCGAGAUCCUCUCCGCGUCAACAGAUUCCGGUGGACAGGCUGCUGAAACUCAAUCUACCGAUAACGAGCCUCCUAAAGUAUCAUCCGUCAUUGAAUGUAGUGCGAUUCGGAAAGUGCGGAAGGUGGAUGAAGCGAAUUUGGAGAGCAUCCAGGGCACCUUGCAAAAGAAAGCUAAGCUGGACAAUACUCAUCAACAGGCAAAAUGUGAGUCAGGAGAAGCACUUGUAUCGUCAACGCAAAUAUUGGCGGGUGAUGGGAUGUCAAAAAUAGAGAGCGCUGAUACAGAUGAGGUCAAGGACGAUCAAUUGGCGAGAAAGAAAUCUUUGUUGUACCUUGAGCGGGCCGUUCAAUUGGAUGAAGGCAAAGAACCUGACUACGAGUUUACUCGACGAACUAUCUAUAUUUUGGUAAAGCAGUGCUCCGGAUUCGUGAAUACGUGUCCUGAUCAUGUGAUAAGCCUGUGUCUAGUUCUGACCAGGGCAUAUCGUAAGUUGGGGAUCUCUCCAAUGCUCGUGGUGCGUGCAUCCCUCAGUGUCUUUCGAACACCACGGUCUCGUCGUUUAAUGCAGGAACGGAAACUGAGUCUAAGCUGGCUUUGCAAUCAAGUAGUGCUACAGGUUAUGUGCAACAAUGCCGAAGAUCUAAGGCAAGAUGGAUCCAUUGCUCCAGAGUCGUUGAGCUUGUCGCUCAUCAACGAGUGCUUGUUCUAUCUUCGAAAUUUACUGGUCGAGGAGCGAACAAGUGUUGGUCAGUUUCUGUCGGAUAGUAGCGCGCAAGUACGGGUUGCUGCACGGCCGAUCAAAGUAAGCCACGAAAAGGUAUUUUUGGCACAUAUCUGUGCCCUCCACACGCACCUUUGCCGCUCAAGUGGACAACUGGUUGCUUCGCGUGUGCUGCUCUUUGAUCUGGUGCGUGACAACCCAAACAUUAGAGGGUUGUACUUUGCGAUGGUAAUACUAGAGAUCUAUCCUGCGGUUCUGGAGCGUAAGUUCGAUCAACACUGCGUCGAGCGUCAACUGAUACUGAGGGAGACGUUGCAGCAAGCUUUUGUCUAUAUAUCGGGCGUCGCCGCUGCAAAGCAGGAGCUUUUAUUGUAUCAGCCAAGUACGACAAUGCUUCAUACCAUCGCUGAUGCUAUCCAGAUGCCUGAGAUAGAAGAAGUUGAUGGCAGCGAUCCUAGUCUAUCGAGGACCUCCGUGGAAAAUCUGUUUGACAAGGUCUCAGCUCUCUGUGGAGCAUCGCAAUCUCGAUUACCAGACGAUAAAGUGCAAAGCUAUGUGGCAGCUGAUUAUUUCGCACUCGCAAAGAGCAUUGAGCUAUGCGCGGCGGUCUACGGCCUUGACCUCGUCACAGAAAUCUUCAGCGUCGAUCGGUGUCAAGAACUUUUCAACAAAACGUGCGUCAGGAACAAGAUCGGCAUCAUGUCUAUCGUUGGCCAUGUGGCCAUGAGCUUCACUUCGAAGUUGUGCAACACGCAGACUUCAAGUGCUGGAAUACAGCAGUACGUCGAGAAUGUCGUUCAGUGGAUGUACCACGUUUUGUCGACUGACGAAGUAUCUUCACCGGAUGAUCGCUUUGAGUUGAUGCUCGGGUGCUCAGCAGUGUGUAUUGACUUGAUUUUGGGGUACUCAGCGCCCGCUGGUUCAGAAUCUCGACGGCGAGUGUUGUGUGCGGUGGUCCAUUGGUUCGACACAAUACCGCCAGAACAGUCGAUAGGCUUACCAGCUACCUUUUUAAGGCGACUACGCCUUGCAGUGAUCGCUGCCCGGCCGCAUGUAACGGCGAAAUAA